CAUGGUCCAUAGUCUGCUUAUUUUUAUCACAUUUUCAGCCAACCACUUUUACUGCAGUUUUGCUUUGACUGUUUGAGGAUCUAGAAGUUCAGUGCUAUGCUGCAGUUCACUUGUGUUGGCUUUUGACUCAUUUGAAUGUGUUAGCCAGUGGAUUAGCACGAAACUUGCUUCAGUCUGUAUUGGCUAAGAAGUAACUGCUCAGCUUUGCAGAAUCCUGAUCUUUCUAGUUUGUUUUGGGCAAUUUGAAAGAAAGAUGGCCUCGAAUCCUAGAUGUUCGAGACCUAUGUUUGGAGACUUCUCUGUAGAGGAAUCCCAAAGGUUGUUUGGGAGUCGUCCCGAAACGGUAACGUUUCCACGGAGUUUUGCGAAGGACAGCUCAAGUGCGGAAUUAGCAUCUCAGCUUAGUGAUGCGUCGCUUUCUCGGAGUGACACAGCGGUGCAAAUUGAAGAGAAGGCGCAUGGAAAUGGCAAUGCUGUAGAAUCUCACAAGGCAGGGCCAACUUCAACUGGUACAGUGAAGGUCGCUGAGCGUCAGAAAAUUGAUGUUGCAACUGUGAGCAGCAACAACGCAUCAACCGCAGGAAACCCGGAACCAGCCUCUGCAACAACUCCCGAAGACAAAAAGGCAGGAACACCACCAAAGGCUGCAUGGGGACAGAAGAAGAGCUUUGCAAGCCUCUUCAAGGAACAUGAGUCUAAUGGCAUUGUUAUCAAGUUACCAAGCAAGCCACCGUCCUUCAAUGGAGCUACUACACAUCACCAACCGACACCCGCGGAGCAUCACAAGCGUCCAGCAAAGCUGCCAGAACGGGUUUCUGUUUCCGAUGAUUCAGUAGUUCCAUCUCUGAUAGAAUUCUUCUCGGGACGUGAACUACGUAAACAUUCAAAGGUGUUGGAGCUACGUGGCCUGAUCAACCGCGGAAACAAAUGCUACAUGGCCUCUGUCCUGCAGGCCCUGCUCAAUUGCACUCCGCUGUCCAACUUGCUACACGACCUUGCCGACGUGUUGGCUGUCCACACACGACCCCGAAGCUCCACACCAGUGCUGGAUGCAAUGGCUGCGUUUGUUAAGCAGUUUGAGAGCGUCGCUACUCCACCAGGCACGCCAGGGGCACGCCGACCGUCUGCCGAAAAGUCGUCGGUUGAUGGCUUCUCUGUCGUGGAGAGAAAAGGAGGUCGCAAGAAGAGCGCCGCUCCCGAGAUUGCGAUUGGAAAACCGUUUGAGCCCACCGGCAUCUACUCCAUUGUUGCGCAGAUCAAUUCUCAGCUUGUUGAGGGCAUGCAGGAGGAUGCCGAAGAGUUCCUGUCGGCCCUAUUGAACCGCCUCCACGAAGAGAUUGGCUCUGUUUUGCAGUUCAACAGCAGCGGCAGCAACACGCCAGCCCAUGGUGCUGCUGCCGCCGCCGCCGCCACCGCUGCUGCCAGCCAAGCUCGCGAAACCAAGGCACAGGUAGCAGCCACAAUGAUGAUGGCAUCGCGACAACCACAACAACAGCAGACUGCCAGUGAAGACGCCAGCGAGUGGGAGCAAGUGAGCGGAGGCAGGAAGAACAAAUCUGCUGUGACCAGAGCUAUGACCCUCAGUAGUUCACCUGUUUCAGCCAUGUUCUGCGGUGAAAUGAGAUCUGCCGUAUCGUGUCCCGGUGCCAAGCACUCGGCUACUCUGCAGCCAUUCAUGUGUCUUCCUCUCGAUAUCCAUGGCGAUGAAGUCCGCACGGUUCAAGAUGCCCUUCAUUUGUUCGGCCGGAAGGAGAAGCUCGAGGGAUACUUGUCCAAAGACACCCGCAAGGAAGUGGAUGCCGUGCGCCGCUCGACUCUGUCCCGCGUACCGCCCGUCCUGAUCCUGCACCUGAAGCGGUUCAUGUACAAUGCGGAGGGAGGUUCGCAAAAGCUCCAUAAGUUUGUCAAGUUUGGCUUCAAGCUGACGCUCGGCAAGGAGCUGUUGGCACCGACUGUACAGUCAUGCUCCGUUGCCACAAUGCAGUACUCCCUAAUUGCUGUUAUCAAUCACCACGGCAAGACGGCUCAGAAUGGACACUACAGCACGGAUGUCCGGCAUAAGCGGAGUGCUAGCUGGGUGCGCUGUGACGAUAGCGUCGUCAAGCCCAUCAGCGAUGGACAAGUCAUGAACUACCCCACCAACAAGACGCCGUAUAUUCUCUUCUUCACACGUGACGCCGUCCCGUCUCAGGCCUAAAAGACGCGGCCCGACGACGACGUUACGACUCAGUAUUUUUUCCUAUUACUGAGCAUGGCCAUUUGCUGAAUCGUCAUUUAAUAUCCAUUUUCAGUUCCAGAUUGCCAGUGUUUUACCUUCUAUUCAGAAUUUUCUUUUUGUACUUUUCUCUCUUUUUUCUUUGCAAGUACAGAAGAAACUCCUGUGCGAAAGUUUCUCCAUACUACUCAUAGAAAUAGACAUGCCCUUCGUGUUCUACUUGAAGAAACUUUUUUUAAGUUCUUCAAUGUACCUAGCCCAUCUGUUUUCUUAGAUGUUCAUCGUCUCUCUCUCUGUCUGCUCUCUCGCUCUCUCUCUCUCUCUCUCUCUCUCUCUCUCUCUCUCUCUCUCUCUCUCUCUCUCUCUCUCUCUCGUUCGUUUGGUUGAUUCUCUGUAGAGCUGUACAUUCAUGGCUGCUUAAGAAAGAAUAAGCAGCUGUAUUCUGUAUUUUUCACAAUACCAUUACAAAGCCUGUGUGGCCUGCUUUUUAACUUAAGAAAGAAUAAGCAGCUGUGUUCUGUAUUUUCACAAUACUAUUACAAAGCCUGUGUGGCCUGCUUCGAA